AUGGACCAUGAUAUCACCUCCCAUCUAUUAAAGUUAUUAUCUAUCUACCCCAUGCAGUUCAUAUCUAUCUAUCUAUCUAUCUAUCUAUCUAUCUAUCUAUCUAUCUAUCUCAUCCUCUUGUUAUCUAUCUAUUCUAUCUAUCUAUCUAUUUCAGUCUAUAUAUCUCGUUAUAUUCAUAUCUAUCUAUCUAUCUAUCUAUCUAUCUAUCUAUCUAUCUAUCUAUCUAUCUAUCUAUCUAUGUUCACAUAUAUCUAUUUAUAUACUCUUUAUCUUAUUCUAUCUAUCUAUGUUCACAUAUAUCUAUUUAUAUACUCUAUCUCAGUCUAUCUAUCUAUCUAUUUCAGUCUAUAUAUCUCAUUAUAUACAUAUCUAUCUAUCUAUCUAUCUAUCUAUCUAUCUAUCUAUCUAUCUAUGUUCACAUAUAUCUAUUUAUAUACUCUUUAUCUCAUUCUAUCUAUCUAUAUUCACAUAUAUCUAUUUAUAUACUAUAUCUCAGUCUGUCUAUCUAUCUAUCUAUCUAUCUAUCUAUCUAUCUAUCUAUCUAUCUAUCUAUUUCAGUCUAAUAUCUAUCUAUCUAUCUAUCUAUCUAUCUAUCUAUCUAUCUAUCUAUCUAUCUAUCUAUCUCAUUCAGUCUAA